AUGGUGUACCGGAAGAUCGCGGCUCUAUCAGCCUUGGCACAGCUUUCUGUCGCGCAAUUUGUGCCUGCACCAGAUGAUCUGAUCUCGAAGAAGGGGCAUGCUGGUGUCUCGGUACGGUACAAGGAGGUACCCCCUGGAAUCUGUGAACAGGAUCCGAACGUAAAGAGCUAUUCUGGCUACGCUGAUGUCGGAGAGGAUGAGCAUAUUUUCUGGUGGUUCUUCGAGGCUAGGAAUCAGGAUCCGAAAGACGCGCCUCUUACAGUCUGGAUCAAUGGAGGACCAGGAUCUUCAUCGAUGAUUGGGUUGUUCCAAGAAUUGGGACCUUGUGGCAUUGAUCGCAAUGGCAAGGCGUACAACAACCCCUAUUCCUGGAGCAAUGCAAGCAAUAUGCUGUUUGUCGACCAACCUGCGACUGUUGGACUCUCCUACACAAUUCCUAUCUCGGGCUAUCGAGACAGCGAUGACAACAUCAUCCAACUGCCUAGCGAGGAAUGUCCCGAAUAUGCCGAGAGCUAUGGAACAUGCGGCACAUACUCCAAGGCAGAUAUCGGAUUAGUCCCCAAUUCGACGCAAGGCGCAGCGCCGAAUAUGUGGAAGACCCUGCAAGGAUUCAUGGGGGUCUUCCCACAGUACUCGAGAAAUGGGUUCACUUUCACCACUGAAAGUUACGGUGGUCACUAUGGCCCAGUGUUUAAUGACUAUUUCGUCGAGCAAAAUGCCAAAAAGAUACAGGACGCAAUUCAUAUCGACCUUGAGAACGUCCUCAUUGGUAACGGCUGGUUCGAUCCCUUGAUCCAAUACCAAGCUUACUACAACUUCUCCGUGUCUCCCGGAAACACCUAUGACUAUGACCCAUACAAUUCCUCAGUCAAGGCAGAGUGGUACAACAAUCUUUACGGAGAAGGAAACUGCGUCGACCAAACGAAGCAGUGCUACGCGACAGGCCGAAACGACAUCUGCUCGACAGCCGACAAUUUCUGCGCGAAUAAAGUCGAGAACAUGUUCGACAUUUACUCGGGGCGCGAUGAGUACGACAUGCGCGAGCUGAUGCCCGAUCCAUUCCCGUACGAGUUCUAUGUGGAUUAUCUCAACAGUCCGAAGGUGCAAGCUGCCAUUGGAGCGUAUCAGAACUUUUCGGAAUCCUCUUCGACGGUCAGCAAUAGCUUCAGGACAACGGGCGAUGAUGACCGCGAGUCUGGAACCAUCGAGCAUGUGCGCCACUUGUUGAAGGCCGGUGUGCAGGUUGUGAUGUACUUUGGAGAUGCUGACUACAAUUGCAACUGGCUCGGCGGCCAAGUCAUUGCCGAGGAAAUCGAUGCCCCCGGAUACAACAAGGCAGGUUUCGUCAACAUCACAACCUCCGAUGGCGUUGUUCAUGGACAGGUCCGUCAGAGCGACCUGUACAGUUUCGUCCGGAUCUACGAAUCCGGUCAUGAAGUACCUUUCUACCAACCUCUGGCUGCCUUGGAGCUAUUUGAACGAGCUCUUGCGAGAAAGGAUAUUGCUACUGGAAAGAAGGAUGUUAAGCAGCAUGGUAGCUAUCGGACUCAUGGGACCCCGACAAGUGACUAUCGCGAAGGAAAUAGCACGAUUGUCUUCAAGGUCCUUGAUGCGGAUGCAACCUACAACACCACUCUCAAUGGACCGAAUCCUUCUUCCUCUGGGUCUGCCAAGUUUCACAAGCAGAAGCGUGGCCUGGGCAAGAUCGUUACAGGCAAGCAU